AUGUGUGGUAUAUCCUGCAUCCUUUCGCUGUCCGGCGCGACGCAGCAACGACAACAGCAGCCGCAAAGACUACCCAAUGGCUAUAUCAAGAAGCAAUCGGGCUCCCAGCGAGAAGAGCUCGAGAAGGAUCUCAAUGCCUCCCUAGCCCAGAUCGCCCACCGCGGCCCAGAUGCGUGCGGCAACUGGAUCAGCGACGACUGUCGACCCAAGCCAACGCUAAUCCCGUUCCCAUCUGCAGCUCUCGGACAUGUGCGUCUAAGCAUCAACGACCUCUCUCCCUCGGCCGCACAACCCUUCCACUCCCCCUCCCACGGCAUCCACGCCGUAGUCAACGGCGAAUUCUACGACUAUGACCGCAUCCGCUCCCGCGUCGAGACCGAGACCGACUACCACUUCACCUCCCGCUCCGACUCGGAAAUCAUCAUCGCCCUGUACCUCCACGACGGCCUUAAUUUCACCGAGCACCUGCGCGGCGAGUUCGCUUGUGUGCUUUGGGACGAGCCGAGACAGUUGUUCAUUGCUGUGAGGGAUCGGUAUGGGAUCAAGCCGCUGUUCUGGACGAUACAGCCGGAUGGUUCGGGAAAGGGCGAGAGGAGAUUGUUGGUGGCUGCCGAGAUGAAGGCGUUCUUGCCGUUGGGGUGGGAGCCGGAGUGGGAUGUUAGGAGUUUGAAGGAUGCGGGGUGGAAUGUUGGUAGUACGACGCUGUUUAGGGGUGUGCAGAAGGUCCGGCCUGGUCAUUACAUGACGUGCCAGUCCUUCUCACACAUCGAGGAGCGACCGUACUGGGACUCUUCGUUCCCACUUAAGACCACGCUGGACCCGCGUACGCCUGAAGAGUUGAUCGAGGGUGUCCGCGAACGCAUGCUCGAGUCCGUCCGUCUUCGCCUUCGCGCCGAUGUACCUGUUGGCGUAUAUCUCUCCGGCGGCAUCGACUCGUCUGUCCUCGCUGGCAUGGUGGCGCACCUGGUGAAGGAGCAGAACAUGUCGAUGGGCUCUGCUCCCCCUUCGGAGAGAGUGACGUGCUUCAGCAUCGCUUUCGACGAGGAUUCCGGGUUCGACGAAGGCCAGAUCGCAAACCGUACUGCCGAGUGGCUGGGCGUGAAGUAUCUGAAGAAGCUCAUGAGCGAAGAGGAGCUAGCCAGGCGUUUCGAAGACGCUGUGUGGCAUUGCGAGCAGCAUAACCCAGAUCUGAACUUCGUGGGCAAGUAUGCCCUGUCGGAAGUGCCGCAGGAAGCUGGGUACAAGGUCGUGUUGACUGGCGAGGGCGCCGAUGAGACGUUUGCUGGGUAUCCGCUGUAUCUGCCUGACUACUUGCGGGAGCCAGACGUCAGCUACGAGAAGCACAACCCGCUCCCUGAAGCUGAGCGGGAAGAGCAGCUCCGUCUUGCUGAGGAUGCGGUAAGGGAGCAUUACCGAAGUAUGGGCGCCGACGCCGGUAACGGUGACCUCAGCACCGCUCGCAAAAUGCUCAAUGGCAUCUCCACCGUCAGCAGCAUGACAGCUUUCCAACCGGACGUCUUCGCCGACUGGACCGACGAAGUCUUCACAGCCUGCGAUCCUCAGAUGACAAUUGCCUGCAGCCCGGACGGCAUAGCACGCAACCACAUUGCCAAAGACUGGCACCCGCUGCACUCGGCUCUCUACGUCUGGUCCAAAGGCCACCUCCCCAAUAUCUUCCUCACCUGCCUCGGCGACCGGACGGAAAUGGCCCACAGCAUCGAGGCUCGCACGCCGUUUCUCGACCACGAGCUCACGGGGUACGUCAACCACCUUCCGCCUUCGGUGAAGCUACGUUGGAUGCCGGACGAGCGGCGUUUCGUCGAGAAAUGGAUCCUUCGCGAAGCCUCGAAACCAUUCAUCACUAAGGAGCUUUACGAGCGGAAGAAACACCCUUAUAGCGCCCCGACGAAGUAUCCUCGCAACGGACAUCUCCACAAGCUCCUGUCUCGCUUGUUGUUUAAGGAGGAGGUGGAGAAUCUCGGGUUUGUGAGUUGGGAGAAGCUCCCAGCAAAUUCUAGCGUGUGCCGCCUCCAUGAUGCUGCUGGGCUCGGCUGGGCUCGUGCCUUCGACGAGGUCUGGCUCUCCUUCAGGUUGCCUUCGAUGUACAAGGCCGACUAUACGAGCUUGCCUGAACCGGUGGCGGUCUGCUUACUUGCAGUCGCGGGGCCUACAUGA